AAGAGCUUCGUCUUCAAGACGUGGAGGGUCAACUCCAAGCUUCCGUUCGUUGACAAGAUUGUGUCGUUCGCCAACAAGGCGCUCUUGUUCUGGCGUUAUGGGUUUUCUCUCAUUCGCAUGGACAACUUCGUUCAGAGGACUGUGAAUAACUUCUUGAAGUACUAUGAAAACACCGACUCGAGACCCGUUUUUGAGACGGUGGAUGAGAUGCUCAAAUGGGCAGGGCUCUACAAUCUUACCGGGCAUACUUUAGAGGAAGAGUUAAUUAGUAUUGGGUUGUCGCCCUUGCUGAUAAGGGAACUCAUCACUAUUAUCACAAGGAUUAAUUAUGGUCAAAGUGUAAGCAUCAGCGGACUUGCUGGCGCUGUUUCCUUGGCAGGAUCAGGGGGUGACCUAUGGUCCGUCGAAGGAGGAAACUGGCAGAUGGCUGCUGGUUUAAUCAAUCGUUCAAAUGUCGCUCUGCACCUUCGUGAGGAGAUAGAGUCUAUUUCUAAUUUUGGAAACUAUUAUGAGCUCAACUCCUCCAAAGGUAACAGUUAUAAGUGCGAGGUUGCAGUGGUCGCCAUCCCAUUGGAUGAGGUGGGCAUACGCUUUGACCCUCCAGUUUCAAUUCCUCCAAGGAAGCUACAGCACACGCAUGCGACUUUCGUGAGGGGUCUUCUAAAUCCUGCAUACUUUGGGCUCAGCUCCGUGGAAGAAAUUCCGGAACUGGUUAGUACAAUCGAGGAUCCUGGCGUACCUUUUUUGAGCAUUUCAGUUCUCAAGCGACACAAUGAAAAGGAGGUGACUUACAAGGUUUUCUCCCGCGAAGCCAUGGUAGAAACGUUGCUGGAUCAGAUAUUCAGUGUCCGGAAGGAGACGAUCCCCAUCAAUUGGGGCGCUUACCCCCGUUACAAGGCUCCUAAAGUGUUUGCCCCGUUCAUUUUGGAUGGACAGCAUUUAUACUACGUCAAUGCUUUUGAGAACGCCGCGAGCACGAUGGAGACGAGCGCGGUUGCAGCCGAGAACGUCGCGCGCCUCAUCCUGUCAAGACUUUUCGGCCACGUGCCCUUAAAGCUUUCGGACUCGGAGAGCUCUACGGUUGACUUGGGUUUGCAUUUGGAACUUUGAUGAGGGUUCACAUACACUUUGAUGAUCUGUGUAAUAUUCUAGGAUGUGUAACUCAUACUCAAGUGCCCUGGCGCAAGGAGGACUGGAAAGUGAAAUAUAUCCUGUGAUGGAUAGCUUGGAAA